AUGACUGAAGGCUACAACACAAGCUCUGCACGCAAAGAGCCAUCGAUUGAAAAGACUGGGACGAAGAGCAGUUUUCUCGACAUGUUUGUCCUUCCGCAAUGGACGGUUGGCGGCAAGCUGCUCGAAGGGAGGAUGCUGAAUAAUUGCAUUGGCAUCAUCGCAUCCUGCGGCUUUCUCAUGUUCGGCUACGAUCAGGGUGUGCUGAGCGCGCUGCUGACGCUGGACGACUUUCAGAAGAAUCUUCCUCUAAUGACGCCCCGUGACAAGGCCAACCCCAUCUGCUGGCUCGAUGACGCUGCGACAGUCCCUGACCCUAAUAUGUGCACUGGGGAUGCGAAUACACAGGCUGCUGGCGUGGCCAUUUAUCAAGUUGGCUGCUUCCUUGGCGCCGUCUUGGUAUUUUUCUAUGGUGAAUCUUGGGGACGCAAGUCGUCGACGUUCUGGGGCAGUCUGAUCAUGAUUAUCGGUACCGUUAUGCAGGCUGCGUGCUUCGAGUACGGCCUCUUUGUCGCCGGACGCGUCGUUGGUGGCAUCGGCAAUGGCAUGGUGACUUCCACCAUUCCAACCUGGCAGUCGGAAUGCGCCCGUCCCCACAAACGAGGCUUUCUGAUUAUGCUUUCCGGUGCGCUCAUUUCGGGCGGCAUCAUGAUUGCUUACUGGGUUGACUUUGGCUUCUAUUUCUUGCAAGGCUCCGUUCGCUGGCGAUUUCCCAUUGCUUUUCAGAGCUUCUUUACCCUCAUCGUCAUGUGGGGUCUGAUGUACUUGCCCGAGUCUCCUCGCUGGCUGGCCAUGCACGGACGAAUGGACGAAGCCGCCGCGGUAACUGGGCGUCUCCUUGGCAAGCCGAUCGACCAUGAGGAGACUCGACAGGAAAUGCAAACCAUUAUCGACGGCAUCGAGGCCCAAGGAGCGCAGGGCAAGUUCAACAACAAGGAACUACUCACUGGGGGAGCGUCGCAGAAUUUGCGCCGCACGCUCAUCGGUGUAGCUGCCCAAUUUGGUCAACAAAUUUGUGGAAUCAAUCUAAUCACCUACUACGCGACGUUCUUGUUUGAAAAUUCCCUGGGUUUCAGUGCAGAAAUGUCACGCCUCUUGGCCGCCGCCAACGGCACCGAGUACUUUCUUGCCUCCUUAGUCGCCCUACCACUCAUCGAAAGAACUGGUCGCCGUACCUUGAUGCUAUUCGGUGCUUUCGGUAUGAUGGCAUCCAUGACAAUCCUUGCCGGCACUGUGUCUACUGGAACGACCCUCCCCAACGGCUGGCUUGGCAUGACUUGGCUUUACCCCGCCGAAAUCACCAACCUCCGCAUCCGCAUCCAGGCCAACGCAUUGUCAACCUGCUCCAACUGGCUGUCCAAUUUCCUGAUUGUCAUGAUUACUCCGCCGGCUUUUGCCAACCUCGGCUACCGCACAUACAUCAUGUUUGCUGUUUUCAACGCUGCUAUUAUCCCCAUGGUAUGGUUCUUUUUCCCGGAGCCUAAGGGCCGCAGUCUCGAGGAGCUCGACGUCAUCUUUGCCAGCGCCUACGUGGACAAGGUCAGCCCGGUGCAGCGCGCCAAGGAGAUGCGUCACAUUGAAGGCAGUGAGCUGGAUAGCGAGCUGGACAAGUAUUUUGGCGCGCAUAAUACAGCGGACCACGCAUAA